AUGACUGAGUUCUGGCUUAUAUCAGACCCUGGGGAGAAAACAUGCCCACAAACGACGGAGAAACUCCACACUGCAACAACCAAAAGUAAUAAUCUCUCUAUUAUUUCAAAGUUCAACAUUCCUGACUUCAAGACUGGCACAUUGGAUAUUUUAGUUGGAUUAUCAAAGGAAUUGACCAAAUUGAAUGUAUUUGUGGAGGGAUUUGUUAAGAAAGUCACGCAAUAUAUAGCUGGUGUACCAGAAGUUAGUGGAGAUAAAAUUCAAGAAAACCUGUUGGCCAGUGGAGUUGACUUGGUUACAUAUGUAACAAGGUUCCAACAGCAUACAGCCAAGUAUCCCAUAAAACAGUCCCUGAAAAAUAUUUCUGAAAUAAUUGGCAAGGGAGUAAAUCAAACUGACAAUGACUUGAAAGGCCAAGCAUCUGCAUAUAAUAAUCUGAAAGGCAGUCUUCAGAAUUUGGAAAGAAAGAAUGUGGGAAGUUUAUUAACUAGAAGCCUAGUAGAAAUCAUAAAGAAAGAUGACUUUUUCCUUGAUUAG